UGAGUGUGUGAGAGUGUGUGUGUAAAUGGCUCCUCCUGCCACUGAAAAUCGAAAUCGGAGCUCUCGGACCGUAGCUCCUGGACAGUAAAGCCUUUUCUGCGGAGCCUAGACCAAGCAGAUUCUCAGUGCAAUGCACUUUAGACUUUUAUUUACAUUUCCCGAGCUCAGCACAGUGUAAGGAUACAGAGGAAAGGGCUGCAGCGGUGUGUGUUUUAACCAGAAACCCGUCAAAUGAACUCCGUCAGAGCGACUAACCGCAGACCCCGGCGAGUGUCGAGGCCGCGCCCGGUACCGCCGGACAGAAACAACGCAGAAAGGGUUGGUGGGACACCGUGUUUGUAGUGGUUACUGGACUAGUAGCCCUGGAGAGCCCCCGGUGCAACCAGAGCAACAGCGCUGCGUUUGCAGGAUUCUCACUCACGGAUGAUCCUCCGUGCUGAAUGGCAUUCAACUCACCUGAAGAUGAGGCAGAUCCUGCCGAGAUGGUUGCAGAAGAAUCUGGUCAAGGCGCUCAAAAUAGUCCGUACCAACUUCGAAGAAAAUCUCUGUUACCGAAGAGAACAGCUUGUCCAACAAAGACCAACAUGGAGGGUGCUUCCACAUCAACAACAGAAAACUUUGGGCAUCGGGCAAAACGUGCCAGAGUGUCGGGAAAAUCACUAGAUUUGCCUGUCACCCCAGCGGAGCAGUAUCUGCAGGUGAAGCUUCCAGACGAGGUGGUCCUAAAAAUCUUCUCCUAUCUGUUGGAGCAGGACCUUUGCCGAGCGGCUUGUGUGUGUAAACGAUUUAGUGAACUAGCAAACGACCCCAUCCUCUGGAAGAGACUCUACAUGGAGGUUUUCGAGUACACGCGUCCCAUGAUGCACCCCGAGUCUGGGAAGUUCUUCCAGAUCAACCCAGAGGAGCAUGAACAGCCCAAUCCCUGGAAGGAGAGCUUUCAGCAACUGUAUAAAGGUGCUCACGUGAAGCCGGGCUUCGCAGAACAUUUCUACAGUAACCCGGCCAGAUACAAGGGACGAGAAAACAUGCUGUAUUACGACACCAUUGAAGACGCUCUGGGAGGGGUUCAGGAAGCCCACUUUGACGGUUUGAUAUUUGUCCACUCUGGGAUCUACACAGAUGAAUGGAUCUACAUCGAGUCGCCCAUCACGAUGAUUGGCGCUGCUCCGGGGAAAGUAGCGGAUAAAGUCAUCAUCGAGAACACUAGAGAUUCAACGUUUGUGUUCAUGGAGGGGUCAGAGGACGCAUAUGUAGGAUAUAUGACAAUAAAGUUCAAUCCUGAUGACAAAUCAGCUCAACAUCACAACGCUCAUCACUGCCUGGAGAUCACGGUCAACUGCAGCCCCAUCAUUGACCACUGCAUCAUCCGCAGCACCUGCACAGUGGGCUCUGCAGUGUGUGUAAGUGGCCAGGGAGCUUCACCCACGAUCAAACACUGUAACAUCAGCGACUGUGAGAAUGUAGGACUCUAUAUCACGGACCACGCGCAGGGCAUUUACGAAGACAACGAGAUCUCCAAUAAUGCUCUAGCGGGGAUCUGGGUGAAAAACCACGGCAAUCCCAUCAUCAGACGAAACCACAUCCAUCACGGCAGAGAUGUCGGGGUGUUCACGUUUGACCACGGCAUGGGCUACUUUGAGAGCUGCAACAUCCACAGGAACCGGAUAGCAGGUUUCGAGGUGAAGGCGUAUGCUAACCCCACAGUAGUGCGCUGCGAGAUCCAUCACGGGCAGACGGGCGGCAUCUACGUGCACGAGAAGGGCCGAGGCCAGUUCAUCGAGAACAAGAUCUAUGCAAACAACUUCGCGGGUGUGUGGAUUACCUCAAACAGCGACCCCACGAUCAGGGGUAACGCCAUUUUUAAUGGCAACCAGGGCGGUGUUUACAUAUUCGGCGACGGCCGAGGUCUCAUCGAAGGGAACGACAUCUAUGGCAACGCUUUAGCGGGAAUCCAGAUCCGGACCAACAGCUGCCCGAUCGUCCGGCACAACAAGAUCCACGACGGACAGCAUGGAGGCAUCUAUGUGCAUGAGAAGGGUCAGGGUGUGAUCGAGGAGAACGAGGUGUACAGCAACACACUGGCCGGUGUGUGGGUGACCACGGGCAGCACCCCUGUGCUCCGCAGAAACAGAAUACACAGCGGAAAACAGGUGGGCGUUUAUUUCUAUGAUAAUGGUCACGGUGUGCUUGAAGACAAUGACAUCUAUAACCACAUGUACUCUGGAGUUCAGAUCAGAACUGGCAGCAAUCCCAAAAUUAGGAGGAAUAAAAUCUGGGGUGGACAAAAUGGAGGAAUUCUUGUUUACAAUUCAGGUUUAGGCUUUAUCGAAGACAACGAGAUCUUUGACAACGCCAUGGCAGGGGUUUGGAUCAAGACCGACAGCAACCCCACACUCCGCAGGAACAAGAUCCACGACGGGCGGGACGGGGGAAUCUGUAUAUUCAACGGAGGACGAGGGUUGUUGGAAGAGAACGACAUCUUCAGGAACGCCCAGGCGGGAGUCCUCAUCAGCACGAACAGUCACCCUGUGCUGCGCAAGAACAGGAUAUUUGAUGGAUUUGCUGCUGGUAUUGAGAUCACAAAUCACGCAACGGCAACGUUAGAAGGCAACCAGAUUUUCAACAAUCGCUUCGGUGGACUGUUUCUCGCAUCUGGCGUCAACGUCACAAUGAAAGACAACAAAAUCAUGAACAACCAGGAUGCCAUUGAGAAAGCUGUGAGCAGAGGUCAGUGCCUGUACAAGAUUUCCAGUUACACCAGCUAUCCAAUGCACGAUUUUUACAGGUGUCACACCUGUAACACGACAGACCGCAACGCCAUCUGUGUGAACUGCAUCAAGAAGUGUCAUCAAGGGCACGACGUAGAAUUUAUUAGACAUGAUAGGUUUUUCUGUGACUGUGGUGCGGGGACGUUGUCAAACCCUUGCACACUAGCCGGAGAGCCGACUCACGACACGGACACGCUGUACGAUUCGGCUCCUCCUAUAGAGUCCAACACACUGCAGCACAACUGAACCUACAGACUCCAGUGCAGAUGAGAUUACACGCUAGAAAUAAUUCAAUUUUAUUCAAACAAACAAACAUUGUGUAAACGUGGACAGAGAAAACAUUUCUAUUUAACAAAUGCAAACGCAGUCACUCUGCGAUCCUGUUGACUCAGGAUUUGUGGGAUGAUGAACGAGGACGGUGAAGCGCAUGGAUCCCCAGUUUGAGCCACACACACACGAGAGAAACGGACCCUCACAAUGCUUCCCAUGAUGCACCUGUUCUCCAAGCAGCCAUCACCGCACUCUUGUAUAUGUACGGGAAAAAAAAAAAAUGACCCAGCACUUCAAUUUCGUUUUUUUUUUGGUUUUGUUUUGUUUUUUUAAAGACUGAGUUAUUGAGGUUUGAUUUUAAUGCUUUCUCAUGUAGUUUUGUAUUUUCAAGCAAAAAUCUUAAAUGUACUUGAAUGUCUUUUUAUUUUAUUAAGUAUAUUAAUUUUGGGGUUGUUUAUACCUUAGAUUUGCUGUAUUUGUUCUCAUGUCGCAGGAUGUAUGUUCUUUCUGUGAAAGAGAUUUGAUGAAAAAAAGGAAAAAAAGAAGAAAAGAGAAAGAAACACUAAGUAUUCUCCAGCAAUGUUUUGAGUCUGAAGGGAAAGUGUCCAAGUGAUAUAAAAGUUUUUAAGUCACCAGGAUGCUGGUAACGAUUUGGCCCAAGUGAUUUAAAUAAUGUCCCCGCCCCUUUAUCCUGAUUGGAUGACAUCAGGAAAGACUAAAAAAGUAAACGCAGGACACCAGACUCGCGUUCCUGCCCCAUUUCCCCCUGAAUGCCGCGAGCCGGCGUGACGUUGCUGGAGAUUUUAAGAGGCUUCUUGCUUAUUUGAAGCUCUGAUGAAUAUCUGUACAGCUUUUUUUGUGCUUUCCCCCUCCAUCCAACUGUAUUUGGUGACUGUGGGUUCUCAUACAGCCUGAAUUGUAUGCAUGUUCCAUGACAUCUAGACUUAAUAUAUUGUGAAGUACUCAAUAACCAUUAUGUAGCUGGUAGUAAUUAAUCAAAAGUUUAAUUUCCUAGUCAGAGGAACGUGUUACAUUUUUAAAAAUAAACUUUAUUAGAUCA